UGAAGCCGAGCAUUCAGUACGUUUGACAUCCAGAAGGACGAGCUGAUGUCCCUUUUCGAUCAACAAACCUGUGGCUUGGAAAGAUCAUCAGUCUUCAGAUGAGCUGAUGUUAGGUAUAAGAACCAUUGCUCAGGCCUGUCGAGGAAAUUUGCAUCCUCUUAAAAGCACACAAGGCACACUUCACUCACCACCUAACAUCGGGCAAAAUGUCAUACGCCAUGGACAACAAGCAAUUCCAAGAUCCGGAGUCUGGUCAGCCUGUCAGUGUCCAGGAGAUCGAACACGCCCUCAGAUGGAUCCCUCCUCCACCACAAUACAAGCAAUUCCCAGGCAUUCCUCGUCCAGUCGCGAUUCCUCAGAUUCAGCCCAAAUCUCUCAUCUCAGGGCCGAUGCCAUUCAUGCGGGCAUUCGCUCCAUGUCUGCUGCCUCACACCAUCACGCCAGAGCAGUUCGUCGCCUUCAUCGACAAUUAUGCCGUAGCUGGAGCCCCUUCCCCAGCCUUCCAAGGAAUGCAACUCGUGAGCACUGGCAUUGGAUUCGUUCCUCAUCAUUGGGCCCAAGCAGCGAGUGGUGCAAUCGGAUUAGCAGCUGGCGCCGGCACGCAAGUAGUCGCCGCCGCAAGGACAAAACUGUACCUGAAGAAAGUCAAUGAGGACUUCUUCAACCGCCGAGGUCUCAGAGCGUCCGUGGUCGGAGAUGACGAUUUGAGGAACAUCACUCGUGAAGACCCUCGACAAGCACCUCUUGUGCCUGCAAACCCGUCAGCGGGAGUAACAACAUUUGCGGAGCGCAGGUUGAAGGCAUUGGACCGGUAUAUUGCCCCUCUGAGCUUUGAUGUCCCACCACCCGAAGCGCAAACCAACACAUUGGACAGAUUGAGUGCCAAACAGGUCAAUGCCAAAAUCAAAAAGAACAGAGAGAAAGCACUCAAACAGGCACGGAAGCAUGGGGGCAGUGAUCAUGGCCAACACUUGGAUCCAGGUGAUGAGUCAAAGUCGAGGUCCAGGUCAGGCUCAAGGUCUUCCUUCGAUGACCGGUAUGGUCCGACCACUGAACUGGACAAUUUCGCCGCCUAUCCGUCCGGAGACUCGGGCUACCUGGCAGAGAAUUAUGGGAAUCCAGCAAGCUAUUCUCCAGGGAAUCACGGGGUUUCAUCCAGGGAGACUGGCUAUCCAGCCAAGGACUUCGGCUACUCAACAAGAAAUAACCCAUAUCCUCAAAACGAUGGCUAUCCACCAAGAGAUGACCGGUACCCUCAAGGUAAUGGCUAUCAACCGAGAGACGACCGAUAUCUUCAAGGUAAUGGGUAUCCGUCAAGAGACACCGGCCAUCCUUCCCGAGAUCCAGCCCAUGCACAAACAGAAUCCAAGAAAAUCAGAGAACUCAAUCUCAAAAUGCAGGAGAUCAACCUCAAAGCCGAGCGCGAGAUGAUGAAAGAAGACAAAGACAGGAAGCGCGACAAGAUCGAUCGCGAACGUGAGAAGAAAAUCUCUGAAGUCCAGGACAAGAUCGACAAGGAGAUGCGCCACGGACACAGUAGGAAUUCUUCCGAAGACUUUGACCGCCCGAGAGACCGCUCGAAGCACGAGAAGAAAAGGGAUCGGAGUGCCGACAAGGCUGAAAACAAGGACGUCAAAGCGGCUGGGAAAUUGAAGUGGAUUGUGAUACAGAACUUGUGAUGGACGAGGGAAUUGUGAUCAGCCACAUAUGCUCGAUAAUCUUUCCCGCGAGAGCGUCGAAGGCUUCUCGCAUGUGUAUCAUAGCAACGGCAAGUUCGCUUGUGGAAUAGGAAGUAGUAGGACAGUGUGAGCACGGCUGGAUGGGAGGGCGAGAAAGAGAUCAAGGGCAAGUCUGGGCGUUGAUGA